AUGUGGAACAUGUGGAAGGGGUUCCGUGGCGUGGAUAUGGAAAUGCUGAAGCCUACGUGGAAUGGAAUGGAAUGGAUAUGGAUCCACAUUAUGGGUCCAUAUGUGGAUUUCGUGAUCAAAAUCGCCCAGGCUUUGAAUGACAUUGGGGUUAAAUAUGUGAGUCUGACGGAGGAAGAGACGUCGAUAUCUCAACUGACACAUGAGUCAGAUCGAAGUGACUUCGCCUGCUUCGUCUACACAUUCCAGGUUGGACUACCAGGCUAUCUGCAAGCUGGGUCUGAAGGCCAAGAUUCUAUGCCAUAUUCGAUGCAACAUGGACGAUGCCAGAAUCGCCGUCGAGACAGAUGUCGAUGGAAUCAACAUGUGCAUCGGCACUUCUACUCAGCUUAUGAAGCAUUCCCACGGAAAGGAUCUGAACUGGAUCGCCUCCAAGGCCAAGGAGGUCAUCGAGUUCACCCAAGCCCACGGCCUCGAGAUCCGUUCUCAGGCGAAGACUCGUUCCGCUCCGACUUCAACGAGAUUCUGAAGCUCUACUCGCUCAUGGACCGUCUCGGCGUCCACCGCGUGGGGAUUGCCGACACCGUGGGGGGUGCGACCUCUCGUGAGGUCUUUGACAAGAUCUACACGCUUAGGCAGCUGGUCGGCUGCGAUAACGAAACGCAUUUCCACGACGACACUGGAUGUGCUGUCGCCAACGCCUGCACUGCGCUCGAGGCUGGGGCUACGCACAUUGACACGACGGUUUUGGGUAUUGGAGAGAGGAACGGCAUUACGUCCCUUUCCAAGCUCUUGCAGUGCAUGCUUCACACGAAGUAUGAGAACGUUUCGACCAAGUACAAGCUCGAUAAGCUUCCUGCCCUCGAACAGCUGGUGGCCGAAGCUGUCGGUGUAAAGAUCCCCUGGAACAACCCUUCCCUUUUGGCAUUCCUCUGA